GUGGCUGUCGUACGUCUGAACUUGACGAAGACGCGAAGAAGAAAUCAUCACAAACAGGAGAAAGUGUUGGAUGCUGCGGGUUUAUUUCUCAAUUAAAAGUUAAUUUUUCGUGUCGUGAAGGAACAUGGACUCUGCGGCGAUGGAGAUAGACGGCAGCGUGAUGGAGGGAGGUGGACAGAUCCUGAGGGUCUCCGCGGCGCUGAGCUGCAUCACCGGCGCCGCCAUAAAACUCAUCAAAGUCCGAGCCGGUAGGAGCACCCCGGGGCUCAGACCGCAGCACUUGAGUGGCCUGCAGCUGGUGUCAGACCUGUGUUCUGGGAGUCUGCAGGGAGCCAGCAUCGGCUCCACCGACAUCAGCCUCACUCCGGGAAAGAUCCGGUCGGGAAACCACACGGCCGACCCCCAGACGGCCGGGAGUGUGUGUCUCCUGCUGCAGGCCGCUCUGCCCUGCGCUCUGUUCGCUGGUGAAGCCUCACAGCUGUGUCUGAAGGGGGGAACCAACGCGGAGAUGGCUCCUCAGAUCGACUACACCGUCAAGGUCUUCAAACCCAUCGCGGAGAAGUUCGGCGUCCAUUUUGACUGUGACAUCAAAAUGAGGGGCUUCUACCCUAAAGGAGGGGGGGAGGUGGUGGUGACGGUGAACCCGGUCAAAGAGCUGCAGCCGGUCGUCAUGAUGGAGAGAGGAAACAUCACCAAGAUCCACGGGAGAGCGUUCGUCGCCGGAGUCCUGCCCUACAAAUUGGCUAAAGACAUGUCGGCCGCCGCCGUUCGAACCAUCAGGAAGGAAAUUAAAGAACUUUACAUCAACAUCCAGGCGCUGCAGGAGAAAGACAACGCGUGCGGCAACGGGAACGGAAUCAUAAUCAUCGCCGAGUCCUCCACAGGUUGUCUGUUUGCAGGAUCAGCUCUGGGAAAGAAAGGUGUGUACGCAGAUAAAAUCGGUAUCGAAGCUGCUGAGAUGUUGCUGAGGAACAUCAGACACAACGGCUGCGUGGACGAGUUCCUGCAGGACCAGCUCAUCGUCUUCAUGGCGUUGGCGAAGGGGACGUCUCGGAUUCGAACCGGACCCGUGACGCUGCACACACAGACGGCCAUUCACAUCGCAGAGCAGCUGACUCAGGCCAAGUUCACAAUAACGAAGUGUGAAGACGAGCUGAGCAGCAACGUCAACUACAUCAUCGAAUGUCAAGGAUCAGGAGCAGCCAACGCUAACCUGUAGCCGCGCACACACACUCUGAACACACACUAACACUCUGAACACACACACACAAACACACACAUUUACACACUCGUCUCUACUGGACUCGGUAGCUGCUUCACCACGUGGCCGACCCUCUUAGCUUCUGUCUCUCAGGGUUUUUCCUUAAAUACUGUAAUAAGUAAGUAAAUAAAUAAAUAAAUGUUCACAGUC